GUCGCCUCCCAACUUAAGCUCCAUUGGAUGGUCUUCUUGGCCAGGCAUCUUUGUCUUGCCCUUGUCCUUCACCAAUGAGUGGUUUCCUCGAUUGGCCAACUUCCCUUUUCACUUUUCUUUCCUCUCCUUGAUUGCAUUCUCCCACUUAGCACACCAUGCUCUCUUCUUAUUACUAGUAUUAGUACCCGACACCUUGUCCUUCUUCACAUCACAUGGAACAAACACACUAGCGGGGUUUGCCUUGAGAGGCUCGCCUCCACUCACAUCUCUUAGAAUCAAAGUUCCCUCAUUUACAUCAAUUAAUGUCUUAGAGGUGGCUAAGAAGGGUCGUCCUAGUAUGAAUGGCAUCUCAUAAUCCUCACUUAUAUCCAAGAUCACAAAAUUCGUCGGAUAACAGAAUUUGCCAACUCGUACCAAUACAUCCUCCACUAUGCCCCUAGGACUAAUGACAGAAUGAUCCGCUAAUAUGUGACACUAACCCUUGUGGUCUUUAAUUCACCUAUGUCUAGCUUCUUAAAAAUCUUAAAUGGCAUCACAUUUAUGCUCUCCUCUAAGUCCGCCAAGGAGUUCUCUAUGUGAUGAGUACCGAUGCAAAGAGGUAUAGUGAAACUACCUGGAUCGGGUUGCUUCUUGGGCAACCUGUUGAGGAUGAAGGAUGAGCACUCCUCGCCUAGGGUGACAUUGGUGAGGUCUUCAACCUUUGGCUUCUUGGCUAGAAGCCCAUUGAGGUACUUACAAUAUCUUGGCAUGUGGUCCAUUGCUUCGAGGAAGGGGAUGUUGAGGUGGAGCUCUCAGAGCAUCCUCAUGAAGCCUCCACAUUCCGCUUCCAAUUUUUCCUUGUGUAGCCUCGUGGGAAAAGGUAGGGGUGGCGUGUACUCGGCCACAGGUGGUGGCGUCGGCAAUGCCUUCCUUGCCACCCCUAUCUUUUCCCCCGAGGUUUCCUCAUCUUCACCCUCGGGUAGAGGGCCUUCUUUCUUAUUCACUUCUUGAGCAACGACCUCUCGGGUCACCUUCCCACUCCUCAAGUAAAUCGCAUUGCACCCAGCUUGAUCUUUGGGGUUGGCAAUGGUUUGAGAGGGUAGGGCUCCCUUUGAUCUCUCGGUGAUGAUCCCACCAAGAUUGCUAAUUUGCACUUCCAAGUUUGGAGACUCGCUUGAUGGCUUGGGAGUCCCGCCUCAACCGAGAUAAACAUGGAUGUUGCCACAUCCAUAAAUUGCUCAAUCUUCUCAAACUUCUGAGAGCUUGUACCCACAAAGGUGUUAACAAGGUUUUCUAGUUUAGAGAGCUUGUCACCUUGUUGUGGUUGUUGAAACCCUUGAUCACCUUGUGUUUGGUAUGGUUUUUGGAAGUUCGAGCUUUGGAACUGAGGCCUUUGUUGGAUGAAUGUUGGCCGAGGUUGGUAGUUUCUCGUUGGACCUUGGAAACCGGGAGGUCUUGGAUUGGUAGGGGACGACCAAACAAAGUUUGGAUGAUUUCGCCACCCGGGGUUGUAUGUGUUGCUAUAAGGGUUGUUCCCUCUAGCAUUGGCAAUGAAAAUCACUUGAUCCUCGAGGGUACUCGACUCCUUCAUCGCUUGCCAAUCCGCAAUUUCGUGAUUGGUGCUCGAACACCAAUCACAAGACAUCACCGCUCUCUUUCCUUACUUCUUGUCCUCAAGGAUCACUUCAAUCUACUUAUCAAGUUUGGCUUCAAGUGGAGCACUUGCUCCUACACUUCUUACUCCUCUUUCAUUGCUUCUCUUCCCACUCCUUGCCAAGCCCCAAUCAUUUCCUUUGAUAGCCAUACCUUCAAGCAAUUCAGUGACUUGAGGAGGGGUCAUGUUCAUCAACCUCCCUUGGCAUAGAGAGUUAAUGAGGAUCUUGUCAUCUUGAAUGAGUCAUCCAUAGAAAAUUUCUAUCCGAAAUUGCUCCUCGAAUCCAUAGUGAGAUCAUUGGAGGAAGUAAUCGGAGAACCUUUCCCAUGCAUCCCUCAAUGUCUCGUCCUCCUCUUGCUUAAAGUGAGUGAUCUUCUUCCUCCACUCGUCCGUCUUGGAAGGAGGAUAGUAUCUGGUCAUGAAUUUGUUGAGGAGAUCUUCCCAAGAGGUGAUGGAUAGAGCCGGACGGUUGUUGAGCCAUCGGAGUGGCUUACCCGCCAAAGAAUAGGGGGAAAAGCUUCUAUCUCAAUGCCUACUCGGGGAUGCCAUUAAUCUUCAAGCUUUCCGCUAGCUCAAAAAACCUUUGGAUAUGCUCUUGUGGUGUUCCAUGGGGUAGCCCAUGGAAGUAAGCAUUUUGUUGAAUCAUCGUCACGAGAGAGGGCUUGAUCUCAAAGUUGUUGGCGGCCACCGUGGAUAUAAUAUGGGAGAUUGGAUAUCUGCCGCCCGUGGAGCCAUGUAAUAGACCAUAGUCCUUAGCCCUUCCUCGGCUUUCACUUCUCCAUUUGGGUUUAGAAGUGGAUUAGCCCCUCGGUGUUGAUUUGUUGCCAUCUCAACUGCAAUUCCUUCUUCAAUUGCUUCAACUUCGGGACCAACUUGUUGUCCCCUUUCUUCACCUCUCCUUCUUGCCUUCACUUGCUCCCUCUCUCAAGCUAGAAGUCGGAGGGUCCGGUUGAUGUCCUCGUCUAGUGGUGUUAAAGGCGCCGGAUUGCUUCGGGUCAUACACCUCCCUGCACACACUCAAGGAACACAACACGUCUAGCACAAGCAAACACUUCACAACUUAACACAACAGAAAUCAAAAGCUAGAUUAACACCAAACAAACUUUUCACGAUAAUAGACCAUUGUUCCCCGG